AUGCCUCCCAAGAAAAAGAAUGACCUUGCUAAGGCUGCAAAAAUGGCGGACAAGGAAAACCUUGCUCGGGCAGAAACCGAAAUUCUUUCUUUGCAGCACCUCUUGGAGCUGCGAAGCCAUGAGGCACUGGAGGCAAGGCGCAGUGAACGAAUGUGGCGUGAGCGCAUGGAAGCAUUUACGCAAGCAUUAGAGCAGCAAAAGGAGGACACGCUGGACAUCACAGCGGACAUGAUGCGCCAGUAUAAGGGCAUGCAGGAGCAGCUGCUUAAAAAGGUAGCCGAUUUGGAGACGGAGAACCGUCAGUUUAAAAAGACAAUUGAGGAGCGGGACUCGGAAAUUGCCAAGUUGCAGAUGGAGAAGGAACAGCAAAAGCGGGCCAGCGACCUCGAGAUCCUGCAGCACCAGCACAAGAUGGAGGAGAUGCAGGUGGAGUUUGCACAGAUGCUUAGGGAAACGCUGGACAAGAUGCACGAGCGGCUGUCGAACGGCACCUACAACAGGAGCUGA